AAUUACUUUUAAAAUACGCAUAAUAAAGUAGAUUCUCUCCAAUUUUUAUGUGAAUGAAAUAAUUUGACAUUUUCCGUUUGGGAAUGUCAAAAGAGUGCAAACAAUUAUAACUAACAUUUGUUGAAAAGACAACAGAAAAUUCUAUUGCUUAUUGUCAAACUUUGAUUACUAAAAAGUUUUAAUUACAAUAAAGAAAAGUUUAACCUUUUAUGCGGAUUACAUUUAAAGCCAGCAAAAUGGAUGAUGAAUUUAAGCUCUGUUGGAAAAAUUUUCAAGACAACAUUGCAAGCGGCUUCCAAAAUUUAUAUGAUCGUGGGGAUCUCGUUGAUGUGACUUUAGCCUGCGAUGGAAAACUGUUACAUGCUCAUAAAAUUGUACUGGCUAUUUGUAGUCCAUAUUUCCAAGAAAUAUUUGCAACAAACCCUUGCAAGCACCCAAUUAUUAUUUUAAAAGAUGUCACUUUCAACAUCAUGUGUGAACUAUUAGAGUUCAUGUACCAAGGUGUCGUUAAUGUUAAGCAUACGGAGCUUCAAUCAUUCAUGAAAAUUGGGCAGCUUUUGCAAAUUAAAGGACUUGCCACGAAUUCGACCUCAUCAGCAGCGUCAACUACAUCAGAAAAGUCUACUAGUCAAACGAACAACCCAGAAGAAACAAAUAAUAACUGUAAUAAUGCAUCUAGUAACAAUAACAACAAUAACAGAAGUAACAACACUGAAUCGAAUGUUAGUAACACUGAAAACUCCAACAGCGGCAAAUCAUCCACACCAAAUAAUUUAACAGCGCAUAGACCACAUUCUCCGGCCACACCUUCUCCAUCACCUAUUACUUUUGCAUCACCAUUAACGCAACCAAAUUACAAAAAUUCUAAUGAUACUCCGUUACAUCACUCGUACCAUGGCACUGGCAGCAGCAAUAGUAUAAAACGUCACAUAGAUUUUAAUUCCGACGCACUUUCGAUUUACUCGCGAAACAAAUAUAGGCGAUCGGUUUCUUCUAUGCAUAACAGCGAACCUAAUGAUAGCUCCGAUACAGGCAUGGACCAAGUUAAUGCAGAUGAUUUCUUUUUGCAGAACAUACCUCAUAUAUCAAUGGUUGAAUCAAAAUUUGAUAUAAACAGUCUUAAGCGGGACGGAGAUCAUCAUGGACCGGGUGCGUCGUUACGGAAUUCGUUAGGUGGCACAGGUUUCAAUUUUGAUUAUAUGUUCAAAAAUAAUGGUGGCUCGAAUAGUGGUCAGGAGUACCCGAAUGAAUUGCACAUGGCUAAUGACUAUUCAAAGAAUUUUGGGAAUCAUAUGGACAUUCCGCCAAACAGCAGCAAUGUAGUUAUGUUGUCAUCUACUUCAUUGCUUCAUGGGAAUUGUGUAUUUAAUAGAAAUAAUACAGUGGCUACACAACAAGGCAUGAAGACUUAUUGGCUCUGUAAGUCAUAUCGAAUCAGUAUGUGCCGCGCCCGUUGUAUAACACAUCAAGGACGUGUUAUAUCGGCAACCGGUGUUCACAAUCAUCCACCUCAUAUGCGUGGAGGAGCAAUGGCACCAUCUGCUAACAAUUCGAGUACUGGUUACAGUGGAGAAAACUCACAGCUUAAUCCGCAAACUACUAAUACCUCGGCAUCGAACAUGACCAACACGAAUGUAACUCCUACCCAAAUGCAAGGUUGUAAUCAAAAUAUUAUGAACUCCUCAAAUAAUUUACGUUUACCCCAUCCUUCAGGCGGCAGCAACAUGUUCCAACAACAUAACUUACAUAGCAGUUCACAUGAGUUAUUACCUCCACCACCAAGCGGAAAUAUAAUGCCACCUAGCAGUCAUGCACAUCAUUUAUCUCAAACGUUACCAAAUUUAUUGAUACAACACCAUUCAAGUGGUAGUCAUCAUUCACACAGCCUUGGUAGUAAUGGUUCACAGGCGCUACAAACGCAAAAUAGUGUCAUACAAAAUAUGAUGCAUAAUGCUAACAUCAUGCCACCUCUCUCCAGUAUGCCGUCACUUUUGACGAGUCAUGGAAAUCCACAGAAUUCGCCACAUCUUAGUGAACAUUCAACGCAACCUCAGUCCAAUUUAGAAUUAACGCCUAUUGUUCAGUCGUCUCCAGCUAAUAUGCAAAGCCCAUCUAAUCGUAGUAAUCAGUCACUACAUGGCGGUAAUUCUAUUGAUUCACCAAUUACAUUAAAAUCUCCAGCUCAAAACAAUAUGAACGAUGAUGCUCCUCAUAUGAGCGACCGGCACAUAAUGGUACAUAAUGCUGCUUUAUCACCAAGUGAGUUAAGCUCUAAUGCGAACUUAAGUUCUAACUCCAGAGCAAAUGAUGGACAUCAUCAUGCACACGUAAUAGAUUCAAUUACAAUAUCUCCGGGUCAUACCCAUAAUUUUAAAAUGGAAGACAUUUAAUCUGCAAAAGAAGAUUUUCCUUUUGAAAUUUGCAGAGUACUAAAAAAUGUUACAAAAAAAGAACCUAUAUAUAUUUAAUUUAUUAAGAUAAGGAAA